AUGCCUUUAAACAACAUUUUGAAAGUUGAAAUUUUCGACGUUUGGGGCAUUGAUUUCAUGGGACCAUUCCCUCCCUCCUACGGUCAACAAUACAUACUAGUGGCAGUGAACUACGUGUCUAAGUGGGUUGAAGCUGUAGCUUUGCCAACUAACGACGGGCGAGUGGUAACUCAAUUCAUGAAGAAGAACAUUUUCACUCGAUACAGCACUACAAGGGCAAUCAUUAGUGAUUGUGGAAAGCAUUUCUAUAAUCGAUUAUUUGCAUCGUUGUUGGCCAAAUAUGGAGUAAAACACCGUGUCUCAACUCCGUACCAUCCUCAAACUAGCGGCGUUGAAGACUCCAAUUGGCGUGUCUCCAUAUCGACUGGUGUUUGGAAACGCCUGUCAUCACCCGUUGAGUUAGAGCAUAAGGCAUAUUGGGCAACUCAUUUGUUCAAUUUCAAUAUGAGGGCGGCAGGAGAAAAUAGGGUUUUACAACUCCAUGAGCUAGAGGAAUUUCGUUUGGAUUCAUAUGAGAAUGCAAAAAUUUACAAGGAGAAAACCAAGAGAUGGCAUGACAGACAUAUAAGAGAGAAGGAUUUUGAAGUAGGCCAGCAAGUAUUGAUGUUCAAUUCACGUCUCAAACUCUUUCCUGGAAAGCUAAAAUCUAGGUGGUCAGGUCCUUUCACAGUAGUAGCUGUGCUUCCACAUGGUGCUGUAGAAGUAGUAUCUCAGGAUGAACAGAGAAGAUUUAAAGUGAAUGGACAACGGUUGAACGCCUAUUGGGGAGGUCACUACUCCAAUGAGAAGACGACCGUACCUCUUAAUAUUGCAGAGUAG